AUCCAAAUUAAAAAUUCAGAAGUAUAGUGGUGCAAUGGGCUCUGCAAAUUUAUGGUCUUUAUUCAGUUAUGAUGAAUUACAAAUUAAUGUGCGACAACAAGGCGAUGACUCUUAUCGAGAUAUAUUAACGAGAAUUCGAGUUGGAACACUAACUGAUUCGGAUGUAAUUAUUUUAGAAACGAGAAAAAUGAAGUUUAGAGAAACUAAUUGUGACAACCGAUUACAAGAAUUAUGUAAUUACUUACAAAAUUUACCAAUGGAUACAGUUUGUUUACUUCCAACUUGUGCAUUAUGUGAUAUUUUGAAUAUUGCAAUGUUAGAUCGUAUUUCUUCGGAUAAGAUAGAACUCGUUGCUCAAGAUCUGGCAGAAUGUGCAUCAUAUUUUAAAAAAAAAGUGAUGAAGAUAUUGAAUAAAGAUGGUAACGAUGAAGAUAGUUCUCGAACAGCUGGAUUAGCAAGAAUCAUAACUGUUAAAGUAGGAGCACGUGUAAUGAUUAGAAGAAAUAUCGAUGUUAGUUUAGGUCUUGUGAAUGGUACCAUUGGUACAAUUACAUCAAUUAUACGUGGCGCAAUUAACAAUGAAGUAGAAAAAAUAAAGAUAAGAAUGUCAUCAGCAAUAGAGCAUAUUAUAGAACGUGUAAGUGUCAAAUUUGAAGUAAUGGAUAGAGCAUUUGUUAUAAGAAAACAAUUUCCUAUAUGUCUAAGUUAUGGUAUGACUAUCCAUAAAAGUUAAGGCUUGAGUUUAAAGCAUGCUAUUGUGGAAGCUGGAAAUUCUAUAUUCAGUUGUGGACAAAUAUAUGUCGCUCUUUCACGAGUAACUACGUUGAGUGGAUUGCACCUUAUAAAUUUUGAUCCCUCUUCUGUAAAAGCAACUGAGUUAGCUAUAAUAGAAUAUAACAGAUUACGAACACAAUACAGGCCAGAUCUUGUACAUAUUAAUAUUUUGAAACCACGUGUUCACAAGGUUCGUGAUACAAUUUGGGCAAUAUCAAAAAAUGUCUUGGAAUGUCAAGUUAAUGAUAACGAUAUUAAUGAUUAUACUUUAUGGCAUAUAAGAGGACUUCCAAAUGUUGAUAAUACAUCUUGCUAUGCUAAUGUUUCAAUUCAAUGUGUGCUUCAUUCUUCUACUCUCAGAAAAUUGUUGUUUCGUCUUGAACAUACGAAUAUUAUAAGACAAUUUAUUGAUUGUUACGUGUCAAACGAUAACACUAUUAAUAUAAUGGCAAUACGGCAAUUGGCAGGACAUCAAUAUCUUGAAAAGAUUCAACAAGAUGUUAGUGAGUUUAUUAUACAUCUUAUUAAUAACAUUGAUAAUAUAAAGAG